UAAGCGCACGUGAAUUAUUCCCUUGAAUGCCGGCAACUGUUGCUGUUGUUGCAAAGCAAUUUAUUGCGAAAAUUAUUUAAAUAAAGUUUCAUUAAUAAUAUUGUUUUAAAUAAUGGAAACUGAAACAGAGAAACCACAGGAAAUUAAUAUACCAGAUGAAAACCCGAGUGAAGAAGCGCAUAAAGACACAGAAGCGCAAAGCUUUGAUGAGUUUUCGUACUUGCAACGCAAUGAAUUCACCUCAGAAAUCUAUAAGAUUGAAGUCAGAAAUUUGGGUUAUUUCGGCAUUGGAGAAUUCAAAAAGUUGAUUAAGACGAAAUUGCAGUUGGACAUGACAAAAAUAAAAUCGCCCAAAAGAAAAGAUUUUGCUUUUGUUUGCUUCCGCAGUGAAGAGCAACAAAAACGUGCCAUUGAAUUGCUUAACGGCUACAGGUGGAAAGGUAAAGAGCUACAAGCAAUCAUAGCCAAAGCAUCUGCAGAUCCUUUGAUGAAACGCCGUAAUAUGGAACAAAAAGAUGGCAACAUCAAACGUGUACGCACAUCAGCAGAUGCAAUUUGUCCAUUAGCUUCAUUAACCUAUGAGGAACAGCUGAAGCAUAAACAUAAUGAAAUGGAUGAGCUAUUACAGAAGUUUCUUAAUAAACUAAAAUACACAAAUUCUCAAUUUAGACAGCAUUCCGAAGCAUUUGAAUUUAAAGGCGUACAGCCUUCGCCACAAACCACUGGCUAUCGUAAUAAAAAUGAGUUCACUGUUGGCAAAAAUGCUGAUGGUGAAAUUGUUGUUGGUUUUCGUUUGGGUAGUUACGCUGAUGGCUCCACUGAAGUGUCAGAAGUGCACAAUUUGCCGCACAUACCAGAAACUGCAAAGUGGGCGGCAAAUAGUUUUCAAGAUUUUGUUAGGAAAUCAAAAUUUUUGCCAUUUAAACCAGAAACAAAUUCAGGACACUUCCGACAAGUUAUGGUGCGCACUUCAACUAAAACGGAUGAAAUUAUGAUUGUGCCAGGACUGUAUACGUCAAACUUAACGGAAGAGGAGUUAAAUGAACUGAAAAUGGAACUUAAAAAUUUCUAUGAGAGUGCACAGAAUGAAAAGGGUUACAAAUGUACUUCACUUUAUUAUCAAGAUGUCAAACAUAGACAGGCUGGACAAUAUGUGUCACCUGUUGAAUAUAUUUCAGGCACUAAAUUCAUAACAGAUGAAAUACAUAACUUAAAAUUUCAAAUAAGUCCUUUGGCAUUCUUUCAAAUUAAUACCGAAGGUGCUAAUGUUUUAUAUCAGCAAGCGAUAGAUUUAGCGGCACCAACCCCACAAACAACUGUUCUGGAUAUUUGUUGUGGUACGGGUACCAUAGCUUUGGCAUUUGCAAAACAUUGUAAGCAAGUUUUGGGAGUUGAAAUUAUUGAAGAUGCUAUACGCGAUGCAGAAACGAAUGCCAAAAAUAAUGGCAUUGGAAACUGUAAAUUUUAUGUGGGAAAUGCUGAUGACUAUAUACAGUCUAUGGUGCGAGAGGUCGUUUAUGGUAAUGCGCCCGGUGAUAAAUUGGAUCUUGUAGCCGUAGUUGAUCCACCUAGAGCUGGUUUACAUAAUCGUUCUAUUGCUGCCCUCAGAGCCGCAUCGACUAUAAACCGCAUUGUGUACAUAUCUUGUAACCCCAUGCACGCUCAAAAGAACUGGAUUGAACUUGGUCGACCGCAGUCGAAACAAUAUAAAAGCAAUCCAUUCUUCCCUAAAACUGCAAUAGCUGUUGAUAUGUUCCCCCACACUACACACACUGAAUUAAUCAUACUUUUCGAAAGAGUAAAAGGUGAAGAGGUAACAGAGAGUAAAAGUGAAAUUGAUAGUUCUGAAAAAACUGAAAAUAAACAAACUGAGAGUGUUGAUGCAGCAGUUUCCGAUGUCUCCAAUGCAGCCCCAACAACCAUAAAUAUUGAUAAAGCAGAUGCUAUUGAAGAUACCGCAGUUUCCAAUGUCUCCAAUGCGGCCCCAUCAACCAUAAAUAUUGAUAAAGCGGAUGCUAUUGAAAAUACAGUAGAAGAGAAUAAAGUUGAAGAAAAAUCUAUGUUAGUUGAAUGAGUUUGUCACAAAUAUUUGGAAAUGUUACGUAUUUAGAUCCAUAUUUUAUACUCUUUUUUUUUGUUUUUAUUUUAAAUACUUGUGAAUUUUU